AUGGUGGAGUGGAGGCCCGAGGGACGCAAGCUCCCAGGGCCGCUGGCCUGGCCUGGCCCGGCCGGGACCCGGCUCUGCGCCCCGGCCGAGGGCAACACGCCCCUCCCUCCGCCCGGAGACCCCCCAAGCGCGCCCACACGGCGCCCGGGGACCCCCCAAGCGCGCCCACGCGGCGGACCGGGGUGGAGGGCGGGGACGUGGGGCGGGGCUCUCUCGCUGGGCGUGGCUUCGAGGGGCGGUACCCUGGGGCGGGGCUUCGGGCCAGGGGAUCCGGGGUGUGGCCGCGGGACCGGCCUUCGAUGGGCGGGGCGCUGGGCGGGGCCACGCGCUCGGGGCGGGGCUUGUGGGGGCGGGGCCUCCAUAAAGCGGCGCGGCGGGCGGGGUCUCGCUCCCCGUCUGCGCCGAGCAUGGUGGUGGGGGCGUCGGCCUCCCGGGCGCUCCUGCUGCUGCCGCCGCUCCUGCCGCUGCCGCAGGUGGCGCUGGGCUUCUCGGACGGCAGCUGCGACCCCUCGGACCUGUAAGUCGGGGGGGUGGGAGCCGGGGCCUGGCCCCGCCCUGUGGGGGAGGCUCGGACGGGGCCGUCGGCCCGGCUGGUGCCCCGCCUGCUCCAGGUGUCGCCGUCCCCGCAGGUGCCCGCCCCAGGCCCGCUGGAGCAGCCUGUGGCACGUGGGGCUUAUCUUACUCGCUGUCCUGCUGCUGCUGCUGUGUGGGGUCACAGCCAGCUGUGUCCGAUUCUGCUGCCUCCGGAAACGGGUACACAGCCGGCCACACCUGCCACCAACACCACAGCCUUGUGACCUGACGGUCAGCCCUGUGGACAGUGACAGCCCCGUGCACAGCACUGUGACCUCUUAUAGCUCUGUGCAGUACCCGCUGGGCAUGCGGCUGCCCCUUCCCUUUGGGGACCUGGACCUCGACUCCAUGACCCCUCCUGCCUACAGCCUGUAUGCCCCUGAGCUGCCACCCUCCUAUGAAGAGGCUGUCAAGAUGGCCAAACCCAGACAGGAAGAGCCACCGCCCUCUCAGUAACCCCAUCUUCCCCCUGGGGCCUGAGGCCUAGAGACAUCUGCGGGGCCCCAGGAGCUGGCUCCAAUGCCCUAGCGGCCCUGACUGUCGUCCUGGCGCCCCUCAAAAGCAGAGGAAAACUCUCUUGAACCUCCCAGUUGUACCAGCCACCUUGUGCUCAGAAGGGACCCCCCAGCACACCCCUGCCGGCCUUCCCCAGGGAAGGCCAGCCCAUCCAGCACAUCGCUGCAGCCUUGGCCUCGUUGCUGUGUAACGCCAGGCCGCCCGGCCAGCUGGCCCUGCGUGGGUCGCACACAUGAACCUCACUCGGCACGCUCACGGGGGCUGCUGCGUUCAGCCCUGACCCCAGAGGCCCGAGCCUCGGGGCUGGCGGUGACACCCCCAGCUUUUUGGAGAGAAUAAAGUUUGUACCGAAGUGAUCUCCACCUUUAGGAAAAGGCUCUGGGAGGGGCCUGUGAGCAGCCACCCCGCCACUGCCUGGUGCAGGCAGAGGGGCCAGGGGUAGGCUUCGACCUGUACCCAGUCUGGCUUUCAGGUUGGUGUCCAGAGCCCAGAGCCUGCGCAGUGGGUGGUGCCGGAUGUCACAGCAGGAGUGACGGGCCCUGUGCCGUGGCUGCCUGAGGAAAACCCUCUCCUUUCUCCAGUCCCCAGUCUUCGCCAGCCCCUCCUUUCUGGGCUACGGAGGGACAGUGAAACACGCAUUUGUGCGGCUGGAGU